AGUUAUUUAAUAAGCGGUAACAAAGCUAACAAAUUUAUUGCAAUCACAAGUGUGUUUCGUUCAUGUGUUAAUAAAAAUGUUAAUUUCAAAAAAUGUUUGUUUUAUAUUUCUAUCGCUUUUAAUUGUUCAAUCAAAUGGAAAGAAGAAAAAUACCAUUGAUUAUGAGACAAAUUAUCAAUCGACAUCUCAAGAAGUUGAAGAUGAAGACUUAAAAACCAUGGAGAGACCAUUUCGAAUGGCAAAAUUAAAUAUUGCUUGGAUGAGAGCUCAAAAAUCUCUAAAUAGUUCUACGCUGAAGGCUUUUUAUACAGAAUUAAGAGGUCAUGAUAAAGAACUAUUUGAAUGGAAGCAUACAAGUGAGAAAUAUGAAGCCAAUAAAGAAGGACUUAGGCAAGCUCAACUCAUGUAUAAGCUUGUCAUGGUCAUGGAAAAAUAUGGUCUGUUGAAUUAUAUGGAUGAAAAAACGUCGUCGAAAAAACGAUUACCCGUUACAACAACAGUAAAACCAACAACAACAGAGAGACUGACUGAACCAAAACUUAAAUCACUUUAUAUGGAAUUGAAGAUCCAAGAUAAAGAAGAAAUCGGAUGGAAGCAACUCAAUUCACAGCACAAAGACAAGGAAGGUCUGAAAGCAGCCGAAUUGAGGCAAAAACUUAUCGGCAUUAUGAGUAGCUACGAUUUGUUGGAUCAUUUUGAAGAGACUCAAGAUCCCAUUAAGACUAAAGCAUACAAGAAAUAUCAUGACUCAGACGAUCAUAUGAACAGGAGCAUGUUUAAAGACAAAAAACUCAACAAACUAUGGGAAAAAGCCGAAGUUUCUGGAUUCUCAAACGAAGAAUUAAAAUCCCUUAAGGAAGAAUUCCUUCACCAUCAAGAUAAAGUAGAUUUGUACUACAGUUUGUUGGAGAAUGUAGGAUCUGUUCCAUCAAAGGCAGAAGUACAUGAAAAUGCAAUCGAUGAAGAACUUGAAGCCUUUAACAUCAUUCCUGGCGACAACGACAAUGAAAUCCGAACACCAGCCAUGGAGACAAAUGUCUUCCACGAUAAUAUCAAUCAAUUGCGUGAACGUCAUCGUGGUAUUAAGGAUCAUUAUGAUCGCUUGGAACGUAUGGUAUCAAAAGGCCCACACAGUCAAGAUUUCAUUGAACCAAAGGUACAAGGACUUUGGCGGGUUGCCUUGUCUAGUAAUUUUUCCGAAACAGAAUUAGCAUCAAUCAAAAGUGAGUUGCAUCAUUUUGAGAGCAGGCUCCUUAAAUUGAGGCAUUUGCAUGCUGAGCAUGCUUUACAAAAGCACAAAUACAAGAAUGAAAAACAUCAAGAUAAAAAUAAUGAUCGUUUCGAAGAGAUGGAAGAACAUAUUAAGAAGCAAACUAGAAAAGUUGAAAAAAUUCAAGAGAACAUUGAAGGACAAAUAUUUAAACACACUGAGCUAUAGAGUGGCUAGUAAUUCCUAAACAGAAGUUGUGAACAAAAGUUAUUUUUAAUCGAAUAUAAAAUUGUAAGUUUGUUAGCUUAGGGAUUAGAACAAAGUAGUAAAAGAACAAAAUUUGUGUACGUAAAUAA